CUCGCCCGUAGACUAGACAGACAUUCAGGUAAAAGAGGGAAACAGGAAGCAGCUGCAGCGCCACAGUUCACGGUCAAAUCCUUUUUAUGUCUCUUUCCUCCGGCUCGUCCACACUGAAACCUCUGCCUGUUGCACACUUAGUCUGUACUGAGUAUACAGUGUCUCUGCCGCGCUGGGAUUAUGGCAGCCAUCAAGGCUUUGGAGCAGUGGUGUAAAAUGCAUUGUGAGGGCUAUCGAGAUGUGGCCAUCACCAACAUGACGACUUCAUUCAGGAAUGGAUUGGCUUUUUGUGCGCUUAUACACAAGUACAGACCGGACCUGAUAGACUAUGAUUCACUCAGAAAGGAGGAUGUGUUUGAGAACAACAGACUGGCUUUUCAGGUUGCAGAGGAGAGGUUGGGGAUCCCAGCUUUGUUAGAUGCAGAAGACAUGGUGGCUUUAAGGAUCCCAGACAGGCUGAGCAUUCUUACCUACGUCUCCCAGUACUACAACUACUUCAAAGGACGGCCUCCCAUGGGAGUAAAAAGGCCAGCAGAGGGCUCCAAGGAGGAGCCAUCAGAGAAGAAGAAUCUCCCCGUGGUUGCCAAAACCUUUGUGUCUAAAACUGCCAUUGAGAAUUGUUUACCUUCCACUCUCACUGCUCAGACCUCACCCAAAUUGGCCAGAGCUGCUGUUCAGGCGGUUCUGGGAGAAAAUGGCAACAAAAAUGGGACUCUCACUAGCAAAUGCGUUGCAUGCAAGAGUUACGUUCAUCUGGUUCAGAGGCACUUUGUGGAAGGCAAGCUCUAUCACAGAAGCUGUUUGAAAUGCAGUGAAUGCUCCAGUGUGCUUCAUGCAGGAGGCUACAAACCUGGGAAGAAUCCAGACACUUUUGUCUGUAACGCCCACCAGAACAGUUGCAAACCUUCCUCCUCCGAGGCUGGGAUCAAAAAUGGACCAGCCAGUUCAGCUGGACGAUUAAAUAGUGCCAGCCUGACCCAGCCUGCACCAUGCCCCUCUUCUGUGCUGUCAGCCCCAUUGAAUAUUGUUGUGAAGCCAGUCAGUCCUUCUCCACCUUCCCAGACCUGGACGGCCUCGGCCCAGAAGACGCAGUCGGCCCGGCAGAGGUUUUUCCAGGCUGCUCCGCCAGUCACAGAGGCCUCAGCAGGUAACAGGAAGCCCACAGAGCCCUCAAGUGUUUUAGGAAGGCCCAAGGUCCCACUGUGUCCUGAUGAUGAGAGCAGAGCCAGGACAACCACUGUUAAAAAAUUGGCUGAAGAAAACUGCAGCAGCAACAACAACAACAAACGCCCGUUUACCAUCCGAUCAGCAGAGAGACGGUUUGGAGAUGAGCCAAGUUCAGCUGACAACCCCGGUUUGAGAAAGGAUAAAUGCAGCCAAGGCCCAGCAGGAAACUGGGCAGGACAGCCCUCCACCAGCCAGACAAACAAUAAGGAAUCACCAUGUCUGAAGGCCAUCAACAAAGACAACACAAGGCCAACAACUGUACACACAACCGCCAAAAAUCCAGUCUAUGAGUGGCAAUCAAAGCUCAAACCUUUGAAAACUGAGCUAGGUCUAAAAGAUACUGAAGCUGAAGCCUUUACUGAGCAACAUAAUCCUGGUUUCAUGUCCACGACUUCCUCUAAAGUCUCCAUCAGUACAACAAGGCCUCCCUCGGCUCCAACACUGGCAGUACCUCCAGUUAGCUGUGCUCGGUUUGAUCCUGCACACUUUAGAGAAGUCUCGUCACAGAAACCUGAGCUUGGCCCUAGAAACCUGGGUUUUAAACAUGGGAGUCACUCGUCUGUGAAAUCCCCACCCAGACGACCAGCUGUGGAAUCUAUUAGCUCUUCAACGACUGCUCCAGCCAAUCUCGGAAAGCCGUCAGCUAAAAAGGGAAAGUAUUUGUCACCCACCAACGCCUCCAGGACUGAAAUGAGGUCACCCUCUGUGAAGUCUUGUCAUAUUCCAGUGGCGCAGAUUGAGGGGGAGCUGAAUGAUAUUGAGACAAACUUGGCUCAGUUGGAGAAGGAGGGUGUGGAGCUGGAAAAGAAACUCCGCAGCUGUGAGGAAGAGGGAGAGGGGGACAUAUUGAUGGACCCACUGAUGGUUGAUUGGUUCAACCUCAUUCGAAAAAAGCAGAUGUACAUUAGAAAGGAAUCAGAGCUUGUAUACAUAGCCAGGACUCAGGAGCUGGAGCAGCAGCAGCCAGGUGUGGAGGGGGAACUUCGUAGACUGCUGGAGAAGCCAGAUCAUUUAAAGUCCAGAGAGGAGCAACAGCGGGAGAAGAAGUUGAUGCAGAGACUGAUGGAGAUCGUGGAUGGCAGAAAUGCGAUUGUGGAGGGUCUGGAUGAAGACAGACUGAGGGAAGUGGAGGAGGAUCAGCAGUUGAAUGAAAUGAUGCAAAAUCUUCGAGUAAAGAAAGCUAAAAAUAAGAGGAAAUCCUCCAUCUCGAAACUGUUCAGGCGAAGAAAUAAAAGACGAGUGGAAUGAGCCUCAAGGCAAUUUUUACUAAACUUUCAUGUUGAACUGAAAGUCAUUAUUGUUAUCCCUUUUUAAGAUUUUUAAGGUUUUUAUAUUUAGGUACUGCAGUACAUAGUGUGCUAACAAGAAGGCAAAUGUAGAGAUGUCAAAUUAGGAAGCAUGGAUCAAGUCGUGUUGUGUUUCUAGUAGUUUCAGAAUAUUUCAAAAUAAAGGUUCACUUAAAAUGUUAUUUUUGUUCAACAUUCACAUUCAGUUCUUCGUUUGUUGUUACUAAUGUUAAGUGAGAAUUUCUAAAUAGCUUAUGAUUCAAUCUUUGCUUUUUUUUUUUUUUUUUACAAGGGGUGUCAUGUUUUUUUUUCCACAAAAUGGUGGUGUUUAAUUGUAUGUCAAGUGCAGCUGUGAGCAUUUCCCUUAUGUUGAUUAGAGUCACAAGAAAAAAUGCCAUAAUUUAUGGAUAUGUUUGUUAUGUAAAGAUACUGUAUAUUUAUUGAAUGAUUGGAAUGAGGUAUCAAAUUAGUUAUUUUAACAAAUCAACUCGCACUGGGUCAAAAUAAUUGGAUGUUGGGCGUUAAAAACAAACUGUCAUGAUUUCGAAAUUACAGAUGGAACACUGUCUGUUCCACAUGCAAAUAUGAAUGAGCAGAAUAAAUGUGUAAUCCUUCAACAGUCUUGAUCCAAAAUGAAAUUAUUCCAGUAUUUAUUUAAUAAUUGAUUUUAACAAAUUUCUUGUAAGGAUAUUAGCGGGAGAAAAAGCCUUGACAAUUAAGUUUGAAUGGCUGUGGAGUGUAAAAUGGAGAGCCACACAUGUUGAACUGCCUUGUUGCAGACUGUAGUUCCUCUCACACUGUACUGUAGGUGGCAGCCUGGGUAUGCUGUAUCACAAGGCAAGAACUUGGAAAUCCAAUUUGCCACAGUACGGACAGUUAAUUUCUUUGCUAAUUUUAUAAAUGCUGCAAAAAUGUUCAGCUGUGCUGAUGCAAUAAUGUUAUGUGAAAGAGGAUUAGGUAGAGCUGUAGCUUAUGGCCGGGGAAGGCUUAUAAACUAUAGGUUGUAUUGAGCUCUUUAUCUUUAAACCGCGUUUAAUUAAACAUUACUCUUUACUAAUAUCUGCAUCAGAAAUGCUCUGUACCUGAGCUAUUAAAAUGUUCAAACGAUGUGUGGAGUCACUCGUGUGUGAAAAUGGCAUUUGCAGUGUUUGUAAGGAAUGUAUGUUGUAUUUUAAGUGUUACUGAAUGGUAUGUACUUGUACUCUAUUUAUAGUAUUUUUAAACUUGAAAUCUGUUGUCCAAUAAAUCCUUUGAAGAUUAGUGUGUA